CAAAACAAUACCUUCUUUCGACUUUCAAGUAAGCUAUUUCUUUCCUUCAUUAGUUGCUCUCUCCUCUGUCUUUCUAUCAUCUCCUACUAAUCAUCUCCAACUUCUCAUCAGAACUACUUACCAUGGCCCAAAACAAACUUUUCUCUGCAGUUUUUAUCUUCCUUGCCCUCAUAUUCGUACCAGAAGUCCAGUCCGUUGAGGGAAGGCAUUUGAAGUUUCUCUCAGAAAAACCCAAUACCCAUAAAAGAUUUCUUGCCAGAGAAACAGAAAAGGGUAUUAAGGGCGAGAGUAUCUUUCAUGCUGUUUACGUGCAGUCUCCACCACCAGCUGUCAAGGUUGGAGCAUCCGAGCUCCCACCGGCACGCCAUGUUGAUGAGUUCUGGCCUGCAGCCGAAAAGGGUAUUGAGCGCGAGCGUAGCUUUCAUGCGGCUGACGUACAGUCGUCUUCACCACCAGCCGCAGCGAUUGGAGCAUCCGAGCCCCCACCGGCACGCCAUGUUGAUGACUUCAGGCCUGCAGCGCCUGACCACAACCACUGUAACGGAUGCCAUUACAUUGAAGCAGCGCAUGCUAACACAGCAUUUUCUAACGAAGAGAAGGCAGAUCCAUUACCACCUCCGGCACCCCACCUCAACCAUCCCAUCCACCAUUAAAACAAUUCUAAAUUUCUGUUUUGCUCCCCUUAAACGCAGGAAAGUCAAAAUUAACUCUCUUUUAAUUUUUGCUUUUUUCUAAAAACUCUCAAAGCAGAACUCUGCCAAUAUUGAGACGAAGGAAAAAUCUUAGGGCCAGUUUGGAGCACGGGAUUGGUUGGAUUGAGUAAAAUUUAUAAGAUAUG